AUGAAACUCAACGUCAUUCUUUUAGCCGUUGCUGGCGCAGUCCGUGUCCAGAGUGCUGCAGUUUUCGCACAUUUCAUGGUGGGAAACACGGCCGAGUACACAGAAAGCACAUGGCGUACGGACAUUAGGCUCGCCAAAGAAGCUCAUAUUGACGCCUUUGCCCUUAAUAUGGCCCAUGGAGAGUCCGUGAACGAGGUUUCUCUUGAGCGCGCUUUCAAUGUCGCCAAAGACGAAGGAUUCAAGCUUCUUUUUUCUUUCGACUACGCAGGGAGAGGACCUUGGCCGAAGGAGACCGUCAUCAGCUAUCUGAAGAAGUAUACAUCGAAAGCCGAGUACUUCAAGCACAGUGAUGGAAGACCUUUGGUUUCUACCUUCGAGGGCCCUGGCAAUGCGAAAGACUGGAUCGACAUCAAAAGCCAAGUCAGCUGCUUCUUCAUUCCUGACUGGUCGUCUGAAGGAGCAAAGCCAGCGCUGGCUCUCGGAAACAACGUCGCGGAUGGCCUCUUCAACUGGGCUGCUUGA